ACCAGCAUUAACACCAGCUUACUGGCGCAGGGCACCGAUGAGCACGAUACUCACCGCCAUGUCUUUGGUGCUGAUGUUCUCGGCAGCUGCGCCGCAAGCAUCGGCCGGAGCCGUCAGAGGGGCCUUGCAGAUCCCUACUAACGACUCCUUGGCUCACUGCAUCCCAAGGUGCGGGGAUGCCGACAUCUGGUAUCCCUUCGGUGUAGGGUCCGGCUGCUUCCGUCAAGGCUUCGAGCUCACCUGCGACCACUCCACCAAGCCUCCCAAGCUCUUUUUAGGCAGCAGCACUAUCGUGCUCACUGCCGCGUACUCCGACGCAGCUGUUACCCCUAUAUUCUUCAACCUUACAACGGAGCCAGGCACAAAUACAUACAACAUGUCAUGGGAGUCCCCUGCUGAAGGUAUUACUCUCGGUGUGUAUAAUACUUUGUUCGUGGCUGGUUGUGACUUUGACGUCACCUUGUUCGAGUCUGGCACGGGAGACAUCGUUGGUUCUUGUAUGAGUCGAUGCGCUGGCAAGAAGGCACCGACUGGAGUCCCUUGUAACGGAAUAGGCUGCUGCUUCAUCUCGUUGCAAAGGGACCUGCCAGGCUUUCGGGCAAAACUUGUCAGCACUAAUACUACUGCAACACAAUCAGAUUGGUUGCACCCUGGCAUUAUGGCUUUCGUGGCAGAUGAUGAGUAUUACAAAAGUAAUACAACCUCUGUUUUCUCAGCUUGGACAAAUCUUAGUAGUAUUACUGUUCGUGGUGCGUAUCUUAGAUUUACUAUCAUGGACCAACCAAGCUGUGAAAGAGCACAAAUGAACUACGCGACCUAUGCCUGUAGCAACGAUAGCAUUUGCCAGAAUUUCUCAACUGGUGGUUACCAGUGUUCCUGCUCUUCUUAUUAUUCACAAGGCAACCCAUACAUUUUAGAUGGAUGCGUUACAGCAGAUUAUUAUAACCCCAAGCCCAAAGAACAGUGUCGCUCAUCAUGUGGACCCAUUACUGUCCCCUUCCCCUUUGGGCUCGAAGAAGGCUGUUCUGCAAAUGAAAGAUUCCUUCUUAAUUGUACAUCUGGUAAUCUCACUCUUUCUGUCUCAAUUGCACAAUACCAUGUGACUGAUGUAUCAGUGGAAGAUGGAACUCUGACUGUUAGCAACAUGGUGAGCGGAAGUAAUGCAAAAGAGGUAAUGUUAAUCCAGACAGACAAUACUGGAUAUGAAUGGGAUGAGGAAGCCCUUAUGGAAGAUCGAUUUGAUUUUUCCAUGGAAUACGACAUUGUUAUAAAGUGGGCGGUUGCCAAUUUAACUUGUCAAACAGCUAUGCAAAAGGAUACCGGGUAUGCAUGCCGCAGUUCCCACAGCUAUUGCCUAAACGUCACCCACGGUGAAAUAUUUAUGGGGUAUCGUUGCAAGUGUUCGCCAGGCUUUCAAGGAAAUCCGUACAUCAAGGAUAAUUGCACAGGUCUGAUCCUUCUCAUCACCCUUCAUUGUGCACUACUGUUGCUCUCAUACCUACAAAUAUUUAGAAAAACUAUCUAUCUAUUAAUUGACUAUAUCCUAAAAAUCACAAUAUAG